AUGGAUCUAGAUAUUGAGAAGUUGGUAAAAUCCUGCAGAGGUUGUACUCUUGCAGCAAUAUCACCACUUAUAAAAUUUCGACCUUGGCGCAAGACCAAUAUUUCAUGGACCAGGCUACACAGGACCAUUCAACGGAUCAUAGUGGUAGAUAGCUUUACAAAAUGGCCAGAAAUGUGUAAAUGUAGAAAUUCAACUUCCAUGGUAACAGUGGAUUUUCUACACAAACUUUUUGCAAGGUAUGGUAUUCCAGACUCCAUAGUCUCCAAUGGCGGUACACAAUUUAUGGCAAAUGAAUUUAAGAAUUUUUCCAAAAUGUUCUCUAUUGAACAUAUCACUACUCUGUAUCACCUAAGAUCAAAUGGACAAGCUGAACGCUUUGUGAACACAUUCAAAAGGAUGCUAAGGAAAACCAGAAAUGAGUUAGUGGAUGAUGUAGCAUUGACACAAUUCCUGAGAGUUGACCAUGUAAUGCCAAAUCCAAAAUACGGAAGUCAAUUUCAAAAGGGGAGAUGUGAUGGUAGACAUUAA